CGCAAACAACACGGGGCCCAAGCUACUUCGCGGUAUCAAAACAGUGAUAAAAAAUAUAACAAUUUUAUUAGCCCGUGUCAGUGACAGUGACAACACAUAUCAAAGCAAUCUAGUGCAGUGACAUGAAUUAAGUGAAACAAAUCUGGCGGAUUUUAAAAGUGAGACUGUGCGGAGGUGGGUAGAAUCUCACCCCUCGCCCACCCUCCAAAAGAAAUCUAAUCUGGACACUCUGAAAUCGUUUAAAAACAACAACAACAACAACAUAGACUUUUCGCACAAUUUUUGGAACAAAUCGAACAAAGAUACUAAUAUGUCAAUGCUGUUGCACCAGCCGCCUACCCACAUGAUUCUGAGUCCGCACGAGACUGAUCAACCCCUGGACUUUACGAUGUCGAAAUUUAAGACAAAAACUUCGGCAACGGUGGCUUCGCAGCUUAAACAAUUUAACAAUUUCGCCGCUCAACAGCACAUGAUGUUAUUACAAAACAAUGGACUCUACUAUAAUAAAAACAACAAUAAUAAAAAUUUUACACGUGGAAGUACGCCGUCUUCUAGUAGUUCUGAAGAAGAGGGUGUCGGACCCCCGGGGGGAUCGCCUAGAUCUCCCCCGCCGAGCCCUUUGCGAACCAGAACAGAUGAAAUUCCUACUUCGCCAAACACCCCUACAACUGAAAAUAAAUACGGUAAAUUAUGGUUAAACGAACCAGACAUGACUUGGAGACAGGAAGUGUCGCUUCCAUCCAGCCAAGAAUCAAAAAUUGCUUUUCAAACUCGACUAGGUCUUUCCCCAACUGAACCACGACCAAACGCGAGGCUAGACAAAUCGCCCUCUACUCCACAAUCUCAUGAUGAUGGUGAAGCCAAUGGUGAUAUCAGUGGCGAUGACCAAAGCGUUGCUAGUGGUCACCCAGAUCAGAAUGACGAUAAUUCAAUGGACUCCGAAAGAGGUGGUGCUUUAAAUUUGGUGAGAUCAACGAACGAGCAACCUAGAAUAUCCACACCUAACUCGCAGGUAACGAGUUCCAGUCAAGGCGUUGGAGCAGCACUCGCAGCUUUAGGCAGUUUAGGCGGAAUAUUCGGCAAUCACCUACAAAUGCUGGGCAGCCUACCUGCUUUCCAAAGUCCGCAGAGCUUGCAGCAACUACAGCAGCUCGCUAUGUUGCAGCAAGCCAGCGGAAACCAAAUGAAUCCACAAGCUCAAUUUUUAUUUCAAAACCAGGGUUUCCUUCAAGGAUUUUCGCAUUCCAGUAUACCAUCCAGACCCCAACAUACGAUGCAGGUACAACAAAUCGCGCAAGCUGCCCAACAGUUGCAACAACUUCAAAAAGUACAACAAAACACAAAUCAACACAACACCAGUAUUCCAUCUAACAAUCCCAUGCCCCAUCAGACGCAAACGACACCACCGAAUAAUAAUCACAAUAUACCUGCCAGUUUGCUAACGCCGAGUACGCCCAGCUCGGGUGGUCUCACCCCCCAACACCUGAAGACACCUUCCAGAAUAUUAGAACCGUCGCCCGAAGAAACAACGGACCUCGAAGAAUUGGAACAAUUCGCCAAGACAUUCAAACAGCGAAGGAUAAAAUUAGGUUUCACGCAAGGGGAUGUGGGUUUAGCAAUGGGAAAACUCUACGGCAACGACUUUUCCCAAACGACCAUAUCCAGAUUUGAAGCUUUAAAUCUGAGCUUCAAGAACAUGUGCAAACUGAAGCCGCUGCUGCAGAAGUGGUUGGAAGACGCCGACAGCACAUUGGCCAAUCCAGGAGCUCUCAGUAAUCCCAUGACUACUCCCGAAACUAUAGGCAGGAGGCGGAAAAAAAGGACGUCCAUCGAGACGAGCGUGAGGGUGGCUCUCGAGAAGGCUUUUUCGCAGAAUCCGAAACCGACAUCUGAGGAGAUAUCGAUGUUGGCGGAUGGUCUGUGCAUGGAGAAAGAAGUCGUAAGAGUCUGGUUUUGCAAUCGAAGACAGAAGGAGAAGAGGAUAAAUCCACCGGCGGCAGUGGGAUCGCCUUGCUCCGUGGGAAACACAAAUGGAAACAUUCCGUUUCACAUUGCCAAUAGCUUAGCAACUAGUCCCUUGUCGUUGGUGACUUCCAGUGGCCAUAAUUACAACCCUAAUGUGAUGGUUAAGCAAGAAUGACCCCCGCUGAGCUUUUUUGCAGACCAUUUUUUAGAAUAGUUUGAUCUUUAUGUGCAAUGGUUGCAAAUAUCAAUGAACCCCGGUUUUUGUGUACUAUUUACCACAAUGUUGGUGUAAAAGAGUAGCUGUAUUAUAAAUGAGAGCCAAAUAUGUAAAAAUACAAUGAAUUAUUUAAGGUUAUGAAUUAUUUUGACAUCUUCGUUCAGUAUUUUAAGAGACGUUGUACUUAGAUCUCACUAAAUGUUUAAUCGUCGAGCCAGAAUAACAACAAAUUUUUAGGGGAAUUGAAUUGGAGAUUAAGCCGCAGUUUUUUUUUAUAAUUGGUCUUCCAACGACAAUUUUGAUCGUCGCGUGUUAAAAUUAACAUACUUCUUUAGGUAAAUUUGGCUCGAAAUUUUUUGGAAAAGUUUAUAACAAUAGUCCUUACAUUCUGUACGAAGCAGGUUUGAGACAUUAUCAUCUUCUACAUUUUUUAUUUUUUAAAUAAACUCGUUUUUAAUCAUUUAAAAAGAAAAAUUUUAUAUAAUUUAAUUAUCUAUAAAUACAUAAGUAAAUAAAUACGUGAAUUUUCAAUUUAAUAAAAAAUUAUAUACAUACUCGUAAUUGAAAAAGUACCUUAUCAAUCUCCUUCCUAACAUGAACACAAAUUGUCCGAGAUUUAAUCAGGUAAUAAUAUAUUCUACAGAUUGAGCGCAGUUCUAAUAUUAACCAAUUGCACUGUUUCUGUAGUUUAUAAUCUUGAAGUUUUUAAAUGUCCUGUUUUCACAACUGUUAUCGCAGUUGCAGUAGGUUUCUGGGAUCAAAAUACUAUAAAUAUUUGUAGUAUUUGCAAAUCCAAUUAUAUCCUUUCUGCACCCUGUUUAGGACAAAGUAAAUUACCACAUUCAAGCUUCAAACUUAAGACCUUCAAACUAAAACUUCGAAUCUAAAAAAAAUCCUAGAGUUGUCGAGAAUAUAAAUGUAGUAAAUUUUAUUGUACUUGACUUGCUAUUUACUUUAUUAAACUUUCUUCUCCUUUAGUUAUCAUACUUAGAAAAUUAUUGAGAUGUUUGAUUGAUUAUUUGAAAUCUU